AUGGCGGACCGUCUCUUUCCAUCAGCGCGUACAUCAGCCGAGCUCUUCGAAGCCUUCUCCUUCACUGGCGUCGUCGGCGAGGGGCAAUUCGGCCGCGUUUGGCGCUGCGUCGAUUGCGCAACGGGCGCUCCUCUAGCCUGCAAACAGAUCCGCAAGGCUCACCUCACGCAAAACGAGCUCGAGUCGCUCGAGCGCGAAAUUUCCGCCAUGGAAGCCCUUCAAGGCCACCGCAACGUGCUCCCCCUCCUCGGUCUGUACGAAGACGAGAAAUCCGUCUACAUUCUGACUGAAUUGUGCGACGGCGGCGACAUUUUCAGCCUGAUCGUGCAAACCGGCGGCAUUCCCGAACGGGCGGCUGCGAUGAUCUUCGCGCAGGUCGCCGACGCCGUGAGAUGGUGCCACGUGAAUAGAAUCGCGCAUCGCGACGUCAAACCCGAGAACGUUCUCAUCACAACGCGCGCCACGACUGCCACCGCCGCCACCAGCAUCGCCGCGUCGCCUGUUCGAGACUCGCCAGACACAAACGUUCGGCUCGAGGCGCGCCUCGCGGAUUUCGGCCUCGCGAUGGAGAUCCCGAGGGGCUUCUCUCUGCGCGGCACCGUCGGCAGCGCGCCGUACGAGGCGCCGGAAGUUCUGGCGGGAGAUCUCUACAGCUUCGGCGCGGACGUGUGGUCGCUCGGCGUGCUUCUGUACGCAACUAUCUCCGCUAAAUGGCCCUCUUUUCCCGGAAACGUGCGCAAGUUUCUGCCCGAGGUCGAUUUUUCCGUCGCGCCGUGGCCGUCCGUGUCGAUUGAGGCGAAAGAUCUCAUCCGUCGGAUGCUGACCGUGGACCCGAGCCAACGGCUGGAUAUCGACGGCGUGUUGGCUCACCCGUGGCUCCGAAUCGCAUCGUCUCCUCCGACGCUCGAUUUCCUACCCGAAGCCGCGGCGGUCCAUCCGCAAUCGCCCCGGGUCGCGUCGAAUGAGUCAUCCAAAGCGCGCCGAAACGGCAGCUCUUCACAAUCCGAGUCCACGGCGGACGUGGAGUUGACGCGGCACUCAGAGGCGCCGCGCGUCGCGGGUGAUUCCAAGCCGAGCGGCGCAGGGGUUCCGAGGCACGCCAGCUUCGACGAAUGGGGUGAGAGCGACGCGGAAGCUGGUCGCGCGGAAGAUCGUCGCGCGGAAGAUCGUCGCGCGGAAGCUGGUUGCGCGGACCUUUCCGAGCCCGUCCUUCGCGCUGCGGAAGCCGACCAGCGCGGCGCAGAAGCAGCAAGUUGCAGCGCCGCAUCCGCCGCAAUUGCGUGCUGGGCGACCUCGCCGCGUCGGCCGCGGUCGCAGCGAUCGCCGACAUCGGGGUCUCCGUCAGACGAGACGCCGCGCCGCGACUCAUCCCGAAGAGGUACCGACCAUAGCAACGGCAGCUGCAGCGGCAGCGGCAGCAGCAGCCGGCCAGUGAGGUUGAAGCGGGAAGUGGCGUUCAACAACAAGAGCAAGGAGCCCAGAGCGCCGUCCGCUGCCGUCUCCCGUUUGUCUCCCAGAGCGCCGUCGCCCAGGCAGCCACUCAGGCAGUCCGCUUCUGCCCAGGCCCUCUGCUCGCUGCCUCUCCAGCCUCCCAAGCUGCCCCCAUUCCACCGCGCAUCCGCGUCGCCAUCGCCCCGCUCUUGCCCCCCGGAAGGGUUCCCCCUUCAGCCCUCCACCCCCAAGGCUUUUCCUUCCGGGCCCCAGGCAUCAUCCACGGCAGCAUCUCCAUCGCCCCGCUCUUGCCCCCCUCAGGGGAUUCCCCUUCAGCCGUCCACCCCCCGGACCCCCAAGGCGGCUUCCCCGUCUCCGCGCGGCAAGACGCGCACAGGAGCCACUGCUGCCCUCCCUAAGGCUCCCGCGGUUCAAGGAUCAGCGGCAGAUGUCUCGUCUGCUAAGCCGGCUGCGGGUCCCACGGCGGAGCUUUUUAGCUCAUUCACUUUCGACCAGGUCAUCGGUGAGGGUCAGUUCGGCCGCGUUUGGCGCUGCGUGCACGUCGCGUCGGGAAGCUGGCUCGCGUGCAAGAAGAUCCGCAAAUCGCGGCUAUCAACGCACGACAAGGAGUCGUUACGGAACGAAGUUGCGAGCAUGGAGAGGCUACGCGGGCAUCGCCACGUGCUGCAGCUUCUCGCGUUGUUCGAAGACGAAAAAACCGUGUACAUGGUAACCGAUUUAUGCGACGCUGGCGAUAUGUUCGCGCUCGUAAGUAAGGCGAAAGGCCUUCCGGAGCAAGCUGCGGCUGUGGUUUUCUCUCAAAUCGCGGAGGCUGUGAGAUGGUGCCACGUGCACGGUAUCAUUCACCGGGAUAUCAAGCCAGAAAACGUCCUUCUCGUUACAAGAACAUCUGAUAACGGGAAAAAGCAACUCGAGGCUUGCUUAGGAGACUUCGGCCUCGCGUUACAGAUCCCCGAGGGUUUCAUGAUCCGCGGCGCGGCAGGCAGCGCGCCGUACGAAGCGCCUGAGGUCGUUGCAUCUGAAGCGUACAGCUUUACAGCUGACGUGUGGUCCCUCGGAGUCCUACUGUACGCCAUGCUGUCAGCUAAGCUCCCGUCGUUCCCAUCCAAUAAGAGAGUGCUGAUUCCGGAGGUGGAUUUCGCGGUGUCACCAUGGCCGUCGAUAUCUGAAGAGGCGAAACAUCUCAUCCGUCGGAUGCUGACCGUGGAUCCAACCCAACGGCCAAGUAUUCAGGAUGUUCUGCAGCAUCCUUGGGCAGCAGCUCAGGGAUCAUCCCGUCGUCUACACUCCGCUGCCGACAGUGUUCCAUAUGAAUUUGUCUCUUCCGAGAAGCUCUAG